AUGCGGGUGCUCUCUCAGCAUGGCACAGCGUCCUUGCCAGCUCCGGCGGCUGGUGUCGACAAGGGCAGGUUCUCCGCUGGCCUCGGGGUCUGGCAGCACGCGGGGCCCCUGCCUGUCUGCAGCCCCAAGCGGGACGGCGACGGGGACGGGGAUGGGGGCCAGCAUCCCGGACAAAAGAGCUGGAUUAUUCGAACCGGGGGGGCCGGGGCAGCCCCGAGGCCAAGGCCGGCGGCUGGAGAGGGGCCGGGCACCGGCAAUGGGCUGGAGCCGGGAGUCGCCCACAACACGAGUGAAACACCCGCCCACCCCGUCUCGCCAGGCCCGGAAUUAACAAGUUUUUUCCACAGGAGGUUUGCGGUUUCCAGCCUUUCCCGCCCGGCCCCUCCGCGCAGCACCCGGGACCCCUCUGAGCCCCCCCAGCCCUGCAGACGGGAGGGGCCGGCGGGGCCGUGCCCGGGGCAUCCCCGGGGCUGUUUUUUCCGAUAUUUGCGGCUGGAUUGCACUUUCCCCUCCAGUGUUUGCUUUUCUUUUCUUCCUUCUUUUUUUUUGUUUAAUUCUGCUCCCCCCGCGGCGCGGCUCCCCCCGCAGCGCUGCCCGCCCCGCCAAUCCGGGCCCUCCGGGGAUGGGGGCUCCGGCAGCGGCUUUAAAAGCGGAGCCCUUUGUGCGUCGGAGCCCGGCGGAGCCUCGCACCGGCAGCCGCCGGGGCCGGACCGGGAUGUGCCGUACCGGGAUGUGCCGUACCGGGAUGUACCGUGCCGUGCCACCGGCAGCCGCCGCCGCCGGCGGGAGGAGCCCCGGACCACGCUGCACCGGCAGCCCCGGGACCCGAGCAUCCCCCUCCGCAGCAGUGCUGGGGAAGCAUCAGGCGUGACGGGGAAGCACGAGGAGCCUCGACCUUUGCACCGUGGGAAGUCACCCAGCGAACCGUUGGUGAACUUGGAUGCCAGCGUGGCGCUUCUGUGCCAAAGCCACCAGCCUUGCGUGAGCAGAAUAUGGAAGAGACAUCGGUCACAGCCACCCACGGAGACACCGUUCCUCACCCCUGUUGUUAGAGGGCUGCAACUGCCCCGACUGCAGCCUGGAGCAUGACUGAGCAGCCGCGCAGCGCAAGGCACUCCGGCUGGGCUUGCAGUCCCCGCGGCACUUGCGAUGGGGACGAGCCCUGGCUGCGGACCAAGGGCGGGCGCUCGCCAGCCCCCACGUGCAGGGAGGGAGCCGUUGGUGCAGUUGUUUGCAUGAGCAAGAGCGAGAGCUGGGGCUGACCGCAGGAACUCGCGGCUGCCGCAGGGGGCCUGGCUGCUACAGGGGUCCCUUGGGCCCCAGGGAACAGCUGAGGGGCUGUUAUGCAAAUUUAGAGGAGACAGGAAGCCAGUCGGAGGGCAGAGAAGUCUGAAUUUCUCCUCUCUCCUCUGAGUCACCAGGGCUGACUUCCCUGGCUGUGGUGGUGCGUGAUGAGAGCCUUGGCCGGCAUCCUUCCAGCAUGGCAUUGCUCUGGCACCUGGGCACCGGCUGGUCCUUGUCCCCGUGUGUGGGCAGGGCUGGGCACUGAGUGUCCUUCUGCUCCCAGGCUUGCCCCCCAGGAACGGCACAGCCUCGUGGUCUCCACACUGGCUCUGCAACCUCUGUCACCACAGCCAGGACCUACAGCUGUUCUGGGAAGGGGGUGGGAGCAAUAUGCGGUGGUGACUGGGGCGGGAUGGUGGUGGGACAGAGUAUGUGCAGUUUUGGGAAAGGACCAGUUCUGGCUGUUCUCAGCUCAAUCUCUGUUCCCAGGGUUCUUCCAUGUACAGCUUCAUAACAGCCUCCAGGGACAGAGGGACUGCUACAGGGCCUGGAUGGAGGGGACUCCCCUUUGCCCUGGAAAAGUGGCACUGUGGCUGCAAGCAUGAAAUGUCUAAGAAUGUGGCCCUGGUAUGGUCUCCUGAAAGUCAUCCUGGUGUCUUCCUCUUGGCACAUGCCUGGGGUAUGGGGGGUUAGCAGUGGGUUUGGGGACACUGCCAUCCCCCAGGAGGCCAGGGGCUGGUUGCCUCUGCUCUAUCCCAGGAGAGUCCUCUUGCACAGUGUCCUUUGUCACAGCCCUCUUGGCAGCAGCAGGGAAUGAUGUCCUUCCCUGCCCAGGUGUGCCAGAGAAACACCACAGCCCCGCACAUCCCCAGGUACCAUCACAGGAGCACUGAGACGCUCUGCCCUGCUCUUUGCACCCUGGUGACCCAAGUGAUGGGCACGGGCAGUGGCUGUCCCCUGGGAAUCAGGUGCUGUGGACCCUGUGAUUUCACAUGCCAGUGGCCAGGCUGGAGACAGCAGCCUCCUGUCAGAUACAAAAGGCCUUGCCUGCUACAAAGGAGGAACGUGUAUGUGUGGGCAAGAGAGGCCAGCACCUGUGGCAGAGCACACCCAGGCUUCUGCCAUUUCCUCGCUCCACAGGAGGGACACGAUGGCCCCGCUCUCAGUGACAGCCACCACCAAGCACAGCAGUGUAGCCAGCUUGGUAGCAUCCCUCCUUCCUGCAGACCAAGCCACAGGUGAGUGGGAUGUCACUUGCCUAACACAGAGGAGCAGAGCCCAGUCCUCAGAGCAGCCUCUGCUAUGGUGGAAGGGGAAAAGCCUGGCCAGAGCCUGGCCUGGCAUGGGGAAGAAAAUUAGUCAUAGCAGCUGAAGGUCCCCAUCACUACACACUCUGCCUCAGUGCCUGCUGCAAGUGCCCCGGCAGGCAGAUUUCCUCUGGCACAAGCGAAGCACCAGGGAGUAAAUGCCCUUUGUGCCAGGAAGAUCAGAAUCCCAGCAAGAUGGGAUGUGCACAGCCCCCAGGUUGUUCUCUGCAGGAAAAAUGCCCCGUAAUGAUCCUGAAAGCACCUUUGGGUGACAGAGGCCAGGUGCCCAUGACACAGACUGGCAAAACGUUGCUCCAGUGGGACAUGGUGAUUGGUUUUGCUCCUCCAGUACAGUGCACAGGCUGAUCCCCUGUGCUGCUCUCUGGGCUCUGGCUCCUGCUGCCACCAUUUGUCCCUGUGCCCUCCUUCCCAGCUGCCUUCCCGCACUGUGGGGAGGCAGAGCACAGCUGAAAAUACACCUACUGCAUCGCC